AUGAGUGUCACCUCCACCUCAUCACGUCAACCUGAUCCUUCACGUAUUGGUUUCAUCCUUCAAUCACAUGAACUACAAAACCAACACCACUUAGAAUUCCAACAAAAUACUAUUUGCCCCUUGGAUUUCAAAUUAAACUCGGUCCUCUUUACCUUCCAAGAUCUUUCUGAUCCUCAGUUUUCAUUCAAUAAAUCAUACCAUAUUACAUAUCCCGGUAUGAACGCACUCUUCUUCGUAAAUUGCAACAACGAAUCCAUGGUGACGAUGGAUGGUUGUGCAGAGCUCUACAACAUCGAUGAAUUAACCAGAAUAGUUUAG